AUUUGCGUCACCACUUACAAAUUAGGCAGGUUCGAUCCCUAGGUAUCUAGGUAGUUGCCAGCAGCAAAAGGACAAUCGGUGCCCCUAUCUUAGGCGCCCGGCAAAACAACGGGGCUGCCUAAUAAAUGGCCACGGCAUCGUUGAGGCACAGUUCCUUGCUACUUGCUGAGUCAGUUCAAUCGCCCCUGUGCUUUGUCAUAUUAAUACUGUCUUUUGCUGACGCCCGGUGCAACGACAAACACUCGACUACCGUUUCCAUCUCCGUAAACCGCACGAAAAUAAUGUCCUGUCGCCAUGAGCCGAGAGUCAUUCAAGUUUCCCGCUGGGAGGGUGAAGAGCUGUACGGGCUGCAGGCAAGUCAAGCUUGCUUGCGAUGCUCGCAAAACGGCUCCUGACCCUUGCUCGCGCUGUAAGUUGAAAGACCUCGACUGCCGUUUUGAUACCAAAUUCAGACGGGUAGCGACCAGAAGACUUGCCGAGGAGAUCAGCAAUGAGGUACAUGCACUCCGGUCUAAAGAACGCACUGCGACCGCUGCAGUAGGCGACACCUUCGACGUCAGGCUGGAUGCAGACACUCUUGCGAAAUUGCAAUCAAAUACGUCCACUAAGGCCUCCCCCGAACAGUGGCCAGUUCUCCCUCCGGAAUUGGGAAGACUCAACUCAUGGCCGGACCGCACGGCCUGCAACGAAGCCACUUCCCUUGCUUUUGGCAACAUCGACGUGAACCCUGCCACAGUCAUCGAGGCUUUCGAACACUUUGAAAAACACUAUUUUCCAUACACCCCAUUCCUCCGAACCAUGCCACUGCCCUCUGACCUAGCAGCAACAUCGCCGUUACUGUUUUGGACGAUCUUAUGUGUCGCCAGUAGGUCCUACGGCGGCUCUUCGGCUGUCGUGGACCAAAUCCACCAGGCGCAUGGAAAUCAGCUCUCGCAACUGUUGCACAUUGCUAUCCAGCGCGUCGAGACUCUUCACGCACUCCUCAUCCUCUGUUUGUGGCCAAUUCAACAGGAGCGCCAGAUGUAUGAUCCGUCAUGGAAUUACAUCGGAUUGGCGACUAAUGCAGCCAUGCAGCUAAAUUGUCACCGACCCAUAAACUCGGACAAUGCAGCGACUCACUGGAAGGGCUUCAGUGAUACAGUGGGCAGUGAUAUCACACCUGAAGGUCAAGCAUUGACUUGGUUGGGAUGCUUCUGGCUCGAAUGCGAAGUCGCAAACUUCCAGGGCUUCCUGCCGCCAGUGGCGGCUAGUGUCCUGGCGGAGUCAGUUGACGAUGCUGUCUCCGCCGUACAGCAGAUUAUGCCUGGCUGGUGGCGCGCUCUGAUCGCUAUACUCAAGAUCAGUGCCAAAUCGACAGUCACUCUCAAUGGCUGCGUAGAGCUGAGCUCACACUUUUCGCUGACUAAAAUGUUCGAUGCACAGCUAGAUGAAGUGAGGGAAAAGCAUGCCAUGGAUUGGACGCCUCAAGUCGGAAUUGAGUGGUGCAAUGCCAAACUCAACCUCUAUGCUCUGACUUGGGCUGCUUCUAAAUCUAACGUAAGCAAUGAGGAUUCGGAAAGAGGUAUGCACCGGCAGAUACUUCUACACAAGGGCCUGAAAGUCGCCAGCGAUCUUGUCGCUGAAGCCAGCAGACUUGGCCAGCAGCACUACUCGCAGCACUUCUUCCCUGGUGGGCUGCUUACUUUCAUUCCAAAACACCUUUUUGCGGCUCUUUUCAACGCAGCCGCAUAUCUCUUUCGCUUCCUAGCAACUCGAAAAUCAUCCUCCACGGUCGAAGAAAAUCUGGCCAUGAGCUCCAUCAUCGAAGCGCACAAGAUUUUCCAAUCUUUUCCAGGCCACAGAGACACCACGCGUGCUGCUAUUCAUAUUGAGAUGCUUGUCGAGGUCCUUCGAGACCGGUCUUUGGCGAGCACAAUGGACGAGCUCAUCAUUCCUAACCGGCUGGGGGCUUCCCUAUGGAUGGAUGCAGUAUUUCGAAGCUCACAGCACCAGAACCGAGAUUCGACCACGGGAGCUCCCCUCCCCGUACAAGCAUGGAGAAAUUUCAAUGACAUGUAUCCCGAACGUCUACCUGCCGUGUCGCCACAGUCAAGCGGAGACAUCAACGGUGUCAGCACUGGCAGCACGAAUCCAGAUGAAAUGCAGUACGACUUGAGCCUUCAGUCGUUGGGAAUGGCAACGGAAGGGCUUCCGAGUUGGUGGGAGGACUGGAACAAUUAUAUGGAAUACUUCGAGGUUGGCGUCGACGAGUGGUCUACCUAGGUAAAUGUAAGAGCGGUAAAUUCACAAUGGAAAUCGAGUCGUUGGCAAAUAACUGAUUUAGGAGUAGGAAAGACGUGUGUGUAUUCAAGGACGGAUGAGGGGCUCCCAAAGUUGCUUGAGGAGUUCUCCCUAUUUAUACUAUUAGUA